AAACUCCCCCGUGCAUCCGAACAGUAAAAACGAGAACGUGCACCGAGGAGGAGGACCCCCUGGUUCCGAUGUGGACUCGUGGAAGUUGAUGAUGGGAUUGCCGGCUAUUAAACAUUCACAUUUAAAUGCAAAAAAAUAAUAAUAUGAAAAUGAAAGUGCAAUGAGGUCUCCAUUAAACCCGGGAGCAGGUCAGGCUCUCUGACUGAUGGAAAUAGAGAAGAGGAAGAAGAAGAAGAAAAAAAGCUCAAGCAGAAAGCGCCAUGCACUGGCGGAGCAGCGCGUAACGCUUCUUUUUUUAGGCUUUUUUUUUUUAUUUCUUGGGUGAAAUGUAGUUUAUUGCCCUUUUCUUUGCGGGGGGGGGGGGUGGGUUCGUGCUUUGCGUUGUAGUAUGCCAUCGAGUCCGAUAUGUCUAAUGUGACGCCGAGCAAGAGCGUGGAAUGGCUGCAACUCGAGUUGGAGUCCGGGGGCGCUUCGCCGCUCCUGCUGGACUGCCGCCCGCACGAGCUCUACGAGUCGUCCCACAUCGAGAGCGCCAUGAACCUGGCGAUACCGGGGCUGAUGCUCCGCCGGUUCAAGAAGGGCAACAUACCGAUCCGGACCAUCAUCCCCAACCACGAGGACAAGGAGAAGUUCAUCCGGCGGUGCAAGUCGGACACGGUGCUGCUGUACGACGAGUCCACGGCGGACUGGCAGGACAGCGGAGCCCCGGCGUCGGUUUUGGGUCUACUUCUUCAAAAGCUGUGGGAAGACGGCUGCCGGGCGUAUUACCUGGAAGGUGGAUUUGUAAAGUUUCACACAGAGUACCCGGAGCACUGUGAGACCCUCCUGGACAGCUCCUGUCCCAGCUCCUCUCCUCCGCUCUCGGUCCUGGGUUUUGGAAAUCUCCGGAUCAGCUCGGAUUGUUCCGACGGGGAGUCCGACCGGGAGCCGAGCAGCGCCACAGAGUCCGAGGAGAGCCCCGUCCCCAGCAACCAGCCGGCCUUCCCCGUCCAGAUCCUACCCUACCUUUACCUGGGCUGCGCCAAAGACUCCACCAACCUGGACGUGCUGGGCCAGUACAACAUCAAGUACAUCCUGAACGUCACGCCCAAUCUCCCCAACAUGUUUGAGCACGACGGACACUUCAGGUACAAACAGAUCCCCAUUUCGGACCACUGGAGCCAGAACCUGUCCCAGUUCUUCCCAGAGGCCAUAUCAUUUAUAGAUGAAGCUCGGUCCAAGCAGUGUGGCAUCCUGGUCCACUGCCUGGCCGGCAUCAGCCGCUCCGUCACGGUCACCGUGGCCUACCUGAUGCAGAGGCUCAACCUCUCGCUCAACGACGCCUACGACUUCGUCAAGAGGAAGAAGUCCAACAUUUCCCCCAACUUCAACUUCAUGGGCCAGCUCCUGGACUUCGAGAGGACGCUGGGGCUGCGCAGCCCCUGCGACAACCGCUCCGCCGGCGAGGAGCAGCUCUUCUUCACCACGCCGACCAAUCACAACGUCUUCCAGCUCGACACGCUGGAGUCGACAUGAGGGUCGAUUUGGGACGGCUUUUGGUCCAUCUCCUAGUCUCUUGAGGGUCGGAUGACUAAGGAGUUGCCACAAGCAGUAAGUCAAUCGAAGUAUUUCUGAACCAAAAUGAACUACGAUCUGUUAAAGGAACAGAGGACACGAUCCGUUAGACCCAAGCCGGCCUUAAUUCCUCACGCAAGGGUGACUUUCCCCAUCCUCCACACAUGGCAUUAAUCAAUAGCAGAACAUUUCAUAGCCUUUCUAUUGAAUCUAGGAUUGUUGUGUGACUGUUACUCCUUGUUCACCGGCUGUAAAGCGGAUGUUAACGUUUCGAUUGAUUCCCUUUUCGAUGGUCUUUAAAAGGAGUCAAUCGGAGUGUUGUUUUUGUUUUGUUUUUCUUUCUGGGGGACCAAUCCCGAGCGUCUUUGAUGGUACUCCUAGCUGAGAGAAAUAAGCCACGACAGCGAUCCGGCCUUGAAAUAUUGUCCAGUUUUUUUGUUUUUUUUCUUUCUUCACCUGCAGCAGAAUGGAGUUACCACGGAGAGUAUUUCUUUUCUUUUGUGUUGGCGUUUCAAGACGGUUUCCUAAGAUCCAGUGGUUCGAAAUAUCGAAGAUGAAACAUAUUAUUUUCCAGAAACGCCCCUGUAUACAUUCGAUCUCUUAUAGCAUUAAUUGCAUGUGCUUAUGUUCUACCAAGAACCUUUGUUUUGUAACCUUUUGGGUAGAACAUGGAGGCAGUUACCAGGUUCGAGGUGUAAAGACUGGCCACGAUUUGAAAGGAACAAAUGUGUGAGUCAUCAGUGUAUAAAGGAAAUGGAUGUUCACCCUAUUUUUAUUUUAAUUGUUACUCCUUCAGUCUGCAGCUCCUCCAUCCUGAUGACACCAUGUGUAAUUAGUCUGGUCUCAGAACAAAGUGAGUGUGUGUGAAACGAAAGAGGGAAUGAAAGAAAACUGAGUUUGACAAAAAUGUGUUCUUACCUCACAGAGACAUUUUCAGGGAUUAUUAUUAUUAUUUUUAUUUUUUUUAUACGAGUCAUCUGUAUCUCGUCACGGGCUCUUAAAGUGCAUCCAAGGGCUGUUUUUUUGUUUGUUGGUAUGUUUGUAAAGAUGUACAUAAAAUGUGGUCGCCACGGGGGACAUUUUCUUUUUUUCUUCUUUCUUUUAAAAUCAUGAAGGAUGCGAAAGUGACCCUGUUUUGACCCGUAUGUAUAGUGUAUGUAAAGCUAAGACAUUCUGUACAAGUUUAUACAACAAAUAUAUUGUAUAUUUUUACUUGAAAA